AUGGACGACGCGAUGCUGGAAGAGCUGAUGGACAGGAGCUUCUUCGAGGACGCGACUCCCCGGGAGAGGUUUCCGAAGAGAAUAGUUGGCUUCUCCGAUACGGUACUCUGCAAGGGUUUGAACAACAGAUACGUUGUUUUACAAGUACAGGAAAAUGGGGAACUUGAGAAACGGCUGACAAUUGCAGCUUCCACUCCGUUUGAUGAUUCAGAGACAGAGCUGUGUAUCCUAAGAGAUGACUGGACAUCUGUUCCAGUACAGCCUGGAGAUAUUGUUCACUUGGAAGGAGAGUGUAACUCUGGAAUCUGGAUAAUAGAUGCUGAUGCAGGAUACGUAAUUCUCUAUCCAGACAUACUGCUUUCUGGCACUACUGUAUCAAAUAGCAUUCGGUGUAUGAGAAAAGCUAUACUGAGUGAAAAGUUCAGGAGGUGUGAGUCUACUUCACGUCAAAUGCUAAUAGGUACAAUCCUACACGAAAUCUUUCAGAAAGCAGGAACAAAUUUCACCCAGGAGAAGCUGCAAGAAAUUGCAACCUUAGUUAUUCAUGGACCAAAAUAUCUAAAAGAGAUGUACCAGUUAAAUAUGAAACAAAGUGAUAUCAUUCAAGAGAUAGAGGAAUACUUUCCCUCGUUUAUUAAAUGGGCAGAAGACUUCAUGUACAAGCACCACCAGCCUAACCGAUGUAACAUGCAACUCAAACUGCCAAGAGAUAACAAAGAAGACCGUGUUUGCAGUGUCAGAGUUACAGAAAUCCUGGAUGUUGAAGAGAACAUUUGGUGUCCCAGGUUUGGUUUAAAGGGCAAGAUUGAUGUUACGGCUGGUGUAACCAUUCAUCGCAGGUCUAGAACUGAAUCCAGGAUAAUGCCACUGGAGCUUAAAAGUGGCAAAGAAUCCAACUCCAUAGAGCACAGAAGUCAGGUAGUUUUGUACUCGCUUUUAUGCCAGGGAAGGAGAACGGAUCCUGAAGCUGGACUCCUCCUUUAUCUUAAAACUGGUAAUAUGUUUCCUGUACCUGGAAAUCGUAUGGAUAGAAGAGAACUUAUUAAACUGAGAAACCAGUUAGCCUUCUAUUUGCUUCACACCACAUGUACAUCUGACGUGGGAAAGCAGCAGACCCAGCUUGCAUCUUUGCCUCCAAUGAUUAUCGACAGCCAGGCAUGUAGUUUCUGUUCCCAGAAACAGAAUUGUGCUCUCUAUAGCAGGGCUGUAGAGCAGCAGUUAAGUGAUGUAAUUCCUCUUGAUAUGGUGGCUGCUAUUGAGAAGGAGACCCAGCAUCUUAAGCCCUUACACUUGGAGUACUUCUGCCUCUGGUACCUGAUGCUAACUUUGGAGAGUCAAUGCAAGGAGGAAAAGAAGGGGCGGAGAAACAUAUGGAUAAUGACUGCUGCAGAAAGAGAGAAACAGGGGGAUUGCAUUGGAAAUAUGAGCAGAAUUGAGGGUGUACAGGAGGUAUCCGACGGACAGUAUCUACACUGGUUCCAGCGUAAAAAUCCCAUGCCUGUGACAACCCUGAUGGUAGGAGACAGGAUUGUUGUGAGUGGUGAAGAUAGCACUUUACUUGGCUUGUCUACUGGCUACGUUCAAGAGAUCAACAGAACCAGAAUCUCCUGUUUAUUGGAUAGAAACUUGUCAAAUCUUGCCAAGGACAUUAUAUUUAGGUUAGACCAUGAAGAGGGAGCAUUUGGCGCAGAUGCCCCCUUAGCAAACCUUUCUAAAUUGAUGGAAAAUUCUCCUGUCAGUGAAAAGCUUCGUAAUUUGAUAAUAGAAUUUCACAAACCGCAGUUCAUCCAGCACUUGAGCGCCGUCCUUCCUUUUGAAGCAAAGGAGACAGUAGCAAACAUUCUGAAAGGUCUGAAUAAACCUCAGAAACAAGCAAUGAAACAAGUCCUGCUUUCAAAGGAUUACACGCUCAUAGUUGGGAUGCCUGGAACUGGGAAGACCACUACCAUAUGUGCUCUGGUCCGCAUUCUUUAUGCUUGCGGUUUCAGCGUUCUCUUAACCAGCUUUACUCACACUGCAGUCGACAAUAUCCUUCUGAAGCUUGUAAAGUUCAAAGUAGGCUUUUUGCGGCUGGGGAGAACUCAGAAAAUUCAUCCAGACAUACGGAAGUUUACUGAAGAAGAAAUCUGCAGAUCUGGGUCUAUUAAAACUGUAGCCCAGUUGGAGAAGUUGUAUGAUAGUCAACCAAUAGUCGCAACAACUUGCAUGGGAAUAAACCAUCCAAUAUUUACUCGGAAGCGGUUUGACUUUUGCAUAGUGGAUGAAGCUUCGCAGAUUAGUCAGCCAGUCUGCCUGGGUCCACUCUUCUGUUCGCUAAGAUUUGUGCUGGUGGGCGACCAUCAGCAACUACCCCCGCUCGUGCAGAAUGCAGAAGCAAGGGAUCUUGGCAUGAGUGAAAGCUUAUUCAAGAGACUGGAACAAAACAAGAAUGCUGUUGUGCAGCUAAAUGUACAGUACCGAAUGAACAGUAAAAUUAUGUCGCUGAGUAACAAGUUGGUGUAUGAUGGCAAACUGGAAUGUGGCUCUGAGAGGGUGUCCAAAGCUGUGGCAGAUUUACCAAAUUUAAAAGAGCUGAAAUUGAAGCAGGAGUAUUCCUCUGAGACGUGGCUCAAGGAAACGCUGGAUCCGAACAACCCUGUUUGUUUUCUUAACACGGAGAAGGUUCCAGCACCAGAGCAUUCCGAAAAAGGUGGCAUAAGUAAUAUGACAGAGGCCAAAUUAGUGCUCUUUCUGACAUCGAUGUUUAUCAAGGCUGGCUGCAAGCCAUCAGAUAUUGGGGUCAUAUCUCCAUACAGACAUCAGUUAAAGAUAAUCACAGACCUCAUGACAAGUUCAUACAUCAGUAAGGUUGAAGUAAAUACUGUGGACAAGUACCAAGGAAGAGAUAAAAGUAUCAUCAUUGUCUCUUUUGUAAGGAAUAAUAAUGAUGGAAAUGUUGGAGAACUUCUGAAGGACUGGAGACGUCUUAAUGUUGCUAUUACAAGAGCCAAACACAAAUUAAUCAUGCUGGGUUGUGUGCCAUCCUUAUGCCACUAUCCUCCUCUAAAGAAGUUACUCUGCCAUUUGAAGAGUGAAGCUAUGAUAUCCUUUAUAUAUAUAUAUAUCUGUGAAAGAUCCCACAGCAGUUGA